AGGAUGGUGGCGCCGCCUGGAUGCUGUGAGAUCUGCCAGAUCGCCGAGGUGAUGGCGGACCCACAGCUCCAGAACCGGUCGGUGCGGAUCACUGGCAGACUGGAGGCGUACGACGCACAGCGCAAGCUGGCCAAGGUGUCGUUCCAGGACGUUUCCAUGACGGUGGAGACCCAGAGGAUGGCGCUGGGGAAUCUGCGCCUGCAGAUCGGCUCCAUGUACCAGUUUCUGGGCGAGACGUACUCCAGCAACCAGGGUGGGCAGACAGAAGUUCGACUGGUGGUUCGGGUGGGGCGCAACGUGGACAGCUUGGACAUUGACCUGUUCCUCGAGGCGCUGGCAAUGCGGCGGCAGUUCCUGGCAUCUCGAGGGUAA